AUGCUCACUGUCCGCUGCCUCCUUGCUCUUGCUGCCGCCCAUAAUUGGCCCCUUUAUCUGCUUGACGUCAACAAUACUUUUCUUCAUGGUGAUCUCCAUAAGGAAAUCUACAUGCUCCCUCCACCUAUUCUUCGGCGACAGGGGGAGAACUUGGGUUAUUUUCGUAUUAAAGAUCUUGGAGAUUUGAAAUACUUUUUGGGGAUUGAGGUAUCAAGAUCAAAACAUGGCAUUUUCUUAUCUCAACGCAAGUAUGCAUUGGAAAUUUUGAAGGAUGCAAAACUCCUAGGUGCCCCACCUGUUGAUUUUCCUAUGGAAAAAGGUCUUAAGCUCUCAGAUAAGGGUGAAUUACUUAAAGAUCUAGCUCAUUAUAGAAGACUCAUUGGUCGCUUAAUUUAUUUGACCAUCACAAGGCCAGACAUUACUUACUCUGUUCAUGUCUUAAGCAGGUUUAUGCAUGCCCCACGUAAACCUCACAUGGAGGCCGCACUCCGCAUUCUUCGUUAUUUGAAAAAAUCGCCAGGUCAAGGCAUAUUAUUGUCUUCUCAUAAUGACUUGACUUUGCAUGCCUUCUGUGACUCUAAUUGGGCUAGAAGGUCUACUACAGGCUAUUGUGUGUUUCUGGGAUCUUAUUUAAUUUCAUGGAAAUCGAAGCGACAGAAAACUGUAUCUUUAUCAUCAGCAGAAGCUGAAUAUAGAUCUAUGGUGGCAGAAUGUUGUGAGUUGUCUUAG